UACACGCGGAUGGUCGGCCGGUCACUACUCACUCUGCUCCGCCGGUAUGCGGUUGUGUGAGACGGUAUUGGUGUCAAAACAAAAUAGUGUUUGUUUGUGUUUUGUUAAGCACUUUCGCACAAGUUCCUAUGUGUUUUUAUUUGGAACUAACUUUAUUUAGCCGUGUCUGCUAUUAAAGAGAUUGGAUGUUUCUAUAAUUUUAGGUUGCAGUGAAUGUAUUCGAGAUGGUGCGAGGCAAACGUGGCCUGCGCAUGCGGCUACGAGAGCAGAUCUUUACCUACUGUGCUUUUUGCAUAGCGGUCUCCGCGCUGCCCGCACUGGCCUUAUCUUACGUUGUGGUGCGAAUAAGUAAACAUUUAUGGUUGAAGCUGCUGUCAAGCAGGUAUCCUAGUCUAGAGUUCAUCAGAACAGACACGGUCCGAUCGCUGUUAGACACACAUAGAAACCAGGGCAUAAUCAAUGUGUUAUUAUGUAUAAAAGGUGCGUUAGAUAUCGAGGAGAUAAAAAAUGCACUGACGCAACAUGUGAUUGAUCGUCGGGACCACAAAGGGGAAUUAUUGUUCCCCAGAUUAAGGCAAUGUCUGGUAUCAAGUUGGGGGAACUACGCGUGGGAUGCCAAUAUACCAUUCAGACUCGAAAACCACGUCGUCAUGGCCACCGGCGUUCACCGAGGCCGUCCAGUAUCUGACAGUAAUAUUCAGGAUUAUGUCAGCGAAAUUAUAUCCAAAUACUUCCCAAGCGACCAACCGCCGUGGCAGUAUAUUAUCAUACCCUGCGUCUCCAUUGAACCAAAGUAUUACAUUUUAGUUCGAGUCCAUCAUCUACUUCUGACUGGCAAAAAAUCCCUUAACAUCGGGGAUUUAUUACUGGUACGAUACACGCCGCCGAGCCGGAUAUUCGACCAAACUGAAUACUCCCAGGAAAGCCCAUUGGCAAAACUAUUUCCAAAGCCAUCUUCAAUCUUGGAACUUUGGGAUAAAAUGAAUGAAAAUUUGUCCAACAUUUGGAACGAAUUCAUAUUUGAAUAUGAUCCCACGGAAAGUACGCACUCGAUGAAAAGUUUGCCUGGAAUAUUUCAUGUCGCGGGUAUUGUAUUAAUAUCUGCAGCUAACGCUUUAAGAGAUAUUACUAAAAAACGAUCAGAAGAAAGGGAUCCACAGUUAGCAAGAAAUGCUGGCGUAUUUUUGUCCGCCGUACUACGUGAAUGCAAGAGGAGAAAUUUAACAAUUCCCAAGGUGUUCAUAUCACCGCUCGUAACAUUCGAUCCACGGAAGUGGCCCCGAAAAUUUUUUGAGACAACAUAUUCAACCACUCGAAUGUUUCUAAGGUUACCGGCUUCCCUUCGGGAUGAGGUUUUGGCACUGAAUGAUCUCCGAACGACGGGGCAAGUGAGGCACAUAAACACAUUGACUUGGAAGUACGGAGACAUUGGACUACUAUGGGUAAAAGCAACGGUUGAAGCAUUGCGAGGCCUGCUUGAAAUAUAUCGAGCUCCGGCAAAUUUUUGGACUGACACUAUAUCCGCAGAUGGUGGGAAACGACACUUACUGCAGACGGUCUCUCUAUGUGGAAGAAAGGUAACCUCGUGGUCGCGGCCUGUUUCCCGGGCCGGAGUGGAGCGCGCGGCGCGAGCGCUGGGUGUGUCCACCACAGACUUGGCCUUGUACGCCGCCACGGAGGCUCUGCGUGCAUUCUUCGAGCAAGCUCACAGCGACACCCCUGACGCCAUACUCAUCACGGCCAGGGCUGCUUCUGAGAAAUUCCUUUAUACAUUCGCUGAAGGCAAUGGGAAGGAUUAUAAAAAGUCGCAGACAGGAGGCAUGGUUUGCUUGUCCCUUCCCGUGGGCGCCACUCCGCGGCGUAUAGCAGCAGUAGUAGACGAAGCGUGCAAGCGCCAAGGAUUACUUGCCGCUGGCUGGGCCGCUCAAGCUCGAAGCGGAGCGCUCACCAGAUCAGUACCUUCGCCGCUGGCAAGACUCACGAUGAAUGUCUUGUCUCGAAAGUUCGCCGUUUCUUAUGCCGAAAUAAACGCUCCGGUGGACAAGAGGGAGCGGACAACGAUGUGGAACAAGACUAUAGAUUAUGUGAUUUAUUGGAGACCACCGCAAGCCAACAUAAGUAUGUCACUGACAGUGAUCCAGUACGCAGACACCGUGCGUUUGGCCGUCAUGGCGGACGCACGGUUGGCUCCCGUGCACACAGUCCCCGCCGCGCGCUGGUCUGUCGUCAUUGACAGUCUCGUGAACAAAGUCGACCAGGAAAUCGCUCGAAUUGCCGCGCAAGCGCAACACAUACCACGUAUAAUUCAAACUGAUGUAUGUACCGAGGAAGUUCAGCAAACUAGUCAAAGACGCGAAAAAAUAGAAAGAAGCAUGCAAGGAACUAGUCAAAGUUCUCUUAAACCACCCAGCCCUGUUGCGUAUAGUCCACCGCCUGAACGCGAAGGUGUUAUUGAAAAGUGAACUGUGUUGUCAGUGUAAAAUUGACACAAUUCGUAGAAAUAUAAAAUUUGAGUGGGCUGGCGUUCGUUUGGGUGACGAAAUAUGUGUUUAGGGAUUAGACAUAGAAAGUGCAGUGAUCAUAACAUAAGUACAGCCCGACAAGGCUCUUUUGGCGCGUAGCCAAAAUUAGAACUAAAGCCGCCAUCUUGAAAAGUGCACUUGUUGAUAGAUAGUUCGCUAUGUCGGCAUAAAGCAUGCAUAAAGCGACAACUGCGCCUUCACUCAAGUGUCAAAAGGGCCUUGUCGGACUGUAUAGUGCAUACAGUCCGACAAGAUACAGUGUAUCAGUCGCCAUUUUAGCCCUAUGUGUCAAAUGUCAUGUCAAAAGUACGAUUUUAGUCCGUAAUUUAAAGGUGAGUUUUGCCAUGACAGUUGACACAGAGCUAAAAUGGCGAGUCGGAACUUAAAAUGUAUGUAUUAUUCGAUCGCGACGUAUUUAGUUUAUUUGACAUCUACAGCUCCGGCUACACACUCCGUCUUACCUGAGAGCUUACCUGCACAGGCCAGUUUGCAUUGUUAAGUGCGUGCGUGUGGAAGACAAAACGGUAUCCCGCGCAGUCCCGAAACCUGCUAAAAAUUGGACUGCGCAGUUCUCGGUCUUGCCUGUGCAGUUUUGACUGCGCAGGCAAGACGAAGCGUGUAGCCGGAGCGUAAAGGAAAGAUUUGACAAGAUAAUAUGAAUAUUUAUAGCUAACUUCUAUAGUAAGUUAACCUCGAGAUAAUUCUGUGAAAAUUGCAAUUUUAGCAAUCACUACUUCUAACGUAUUAUAUCGAACCAACACUUUUUAUACUCAAUACUGUUUUGAGAUUAGGUUUAUUUAAAGCUACCUUUUUAUUGGCAUUACGUGAUACCAAGAGCCUGUAUCAAAACCGCCUUUAUCUGAUGAAUAAUGUUUUGGAAAUUUUCGUAAAGUUUAUGAAAGGGUUUUUAUAUUGGAUAUCUGUCAAAAUGACGAAUUUAUUCGGCAAACGAAGGUUAUUGGGUAGUUGUGAAACAGACCCUUAGGCUGAGAUGUAUAGAUUGACUUUGCUCAGACUUAAGACACUGUUAAAACGAGACAGCGUUAUACCGCUGGCAUAAAUCUAUCUCGUUUUAACUGAAACUUAUGUCUAAGCAAAGUCAGAGUUCGGUCUAUAGACUUCAACCUUAGACUCUUUCUUUUUGACAUACGCUUACAAAGGGUAAUAAUGAUUUUUAUUUUUGAGUCAAAGUAAUGUGAUACAAUUUAUAAGUAGGUGAAAAGAAGAAAAAACAGAAAUAAGUGCUGCUAUGUGAAAUAUACUCUUGUAUAAUAAAUCAUUAUUGCAGUG